AUGGCUGUAUCAAAGCAAGUGAUCCAUGUCAUUGGGCUUAAUGUCACUGUCUAUGGUUUGGACGAAUACAACCAGCUUCCAAAGGGAACCCGUGUAUCUAUCAUGUUUGCUCUUCAUGGUAGAUUACAAAACCAAUCCAAAAUGGAGCCUAUUGCUCAGGCCAUCUGCCAGUUGAACGAAAAGAGAGACAAGAACGAUGCUCAUAUUCUUGUAGUUACCUUUGAUUGUCCAAAUCAUGGGAGUCGACUUGUGCACAAGCUCGCCAACUUUGCCUGGGUAGAAGGAAAGCACAAGAACCCAAAUCAUGCAUUGGAUAUGUGGAGCAUGGUGAAUUCAACAGCGAGAACAGUGACGGAAUUGAUAGAUGUGUUGGAGCACUAUAUAUUCGGUCCUCAGUCUGGUUCAUUAGUGCAAGUGUGGGGAUGUAUGGGGUUCUCAAUGGGUGGACAUGCUACAUUUAUGGCUGCGGCCAAUGAUUCUCGUAUUACUGUUGCCAUUCCUAUUGUCGGUAUCGCAGACUAUUUAGCAUUGAUGGAGUCUCGCUUAAAGGAGUCUGAUCUUUCGCCUGAAAUUUAUCUUCCAAAACCUUUCUACGAUAUGGUUUCCACAUCCACCAAGGAUUUAGAUCAGAAACUUAGCUCCAAGCAUAUUUUAAUCAUGAAUGGAGGGAAGGAUGUGUUGGUCAAGGCUGAGUUUAACGGCCCGUUGGUCAGAUCAUUACAACAAAUUCACAGUGGCAGGGAAGGUUACGAUUGGAAAUACUAUCUUGUACCUAAUGUAGGUCAUGCAUGGUGUCCAGAGAUGGUUGAAUCAAGUGUGGAGUGGUGCUAUAGAUGGAUGAUGAAGAAUUCAGUAGUGCCUGCUUCAAAAUUGUAG